ACAAGUUAAACACAAUCUUUGAAGCUUCGAGUAUAUAGAUCAUAGUCGUUUGAUUGUAUGAAUUUUGUUACCUAGAAGGAAAUGAGAGAAAUAAAGGGUCAUGUUGAAGCUAAGAUCGAAACUUCGAAUAUCGAAGUUCGAAACUCGUUAAAGCUGGAGAUUCUACAGCUUCAAGAACGGUUGCAGGACCAAUUUGUGGUUCGGAGUACAUUGGAGAAGGCAUUAAGUCACAGGCCGUUUACCUAUGAUUUAGCAGUUGAAAAUUUAAUCCCCACAGAUGCCAAGGAACUUAUCAAGGAUAUUGCAGUUUUAGAACUGGAAGUUGUCCACUUGGAGAAGUAUCUUCUCUCAUUGUACCGUAAAAAUUUCGAUAAAACAUUCUUGUCUCUAAAGACCAUUCAUGAAAAGCCGAAACCUGCUUCAAUGGCACAUAAAGAGAUGCUUCAAGAGGUUCAGACACAUGACACUAUUCAACCUGGUGAUCCGGUUUCGUCUCGGAAUUCUAUCGGAAAUCGUCCAAAGGAAUGCAAUGAUCUUUGGGGUAGUGCACAACUGUUAGAUUCCAGCAUUUAUCGAAGCCAUUCUUCGCUAUCGGAUCAGCGAUCGGCAUAUUCGGUUAAUUCUCCCCGACGAACCAUAGCGAAAGCUAUAGAACAAUACCAUUCUCUGCCUUUGUCCAUGUUGGAGCAAGCUCAGAUGGAUACUUCAAAUGGAUACAGCUCGGCAGAGCAUUUCGGAACCGGCAUUGACGAUCAUGUGACCGAAACACCGAACUGGCUUUCCGAGGAGAUGAUCAAGAGCAUUUCAGCCAUAUAUUGUGAACUUGCAGAUCCACCUUUGAUUAACCGUGAUUACUUGGCCUCUCCUAUUUCACAUUUUGAAAACCCUUUUAGCAUUGGGGAACCAAAGGAGUACAGUGGACCUUACUGCACAAUGGUGAAGAUUCAAUGGAUCUGCAGGGAUGGUAAGAAGUUACAGGAUAUUGAACAUAAGCUCCAAUACUAUAGGUCACUCGUUUAUCAGCUGGAAGAAGUCGAUGUUCGAAGGAUGAAACAUGAAGAGAAGCUAGCUUUCUGGAUUAAUGUACACAAUUCUCUGGUGAUGCAUGCGUUUCUGGUUUAUGGCAUUCCGAAAAACAAUCUGAAGAGAUUGUCCUUAUUACUCAAGGCAUCUUAUGAUGUGGGGGGACAGACCAUAAGCAUAGACACAAUACAGAGUUCGAUUCUGGGAUGUCGGUUGCCUCGUCCUGGACAGUGGCUACGGUUUUUGUUUCCUUCGAAGACAAAAUUUAAGGUCGGAGUUCCUCGAAGAGCAUAUGCAAUUGAAUGUGCAGAACCUCUUCUUCAUUUCGCACUUUGUUCUGGAAGUUACUCGGACCCUGCGGUCCGUAUAUACACACCGGAGAACGUGUUCGAGGAACUCGAAGUUGCGAAAGAGGAGUACAUACAGGCAAACUGGAGUGUCAACAAAGAACAGAAAAUCAUGUUACCAAAGCUUAUGGACUAUUUUGCAAAAGAUUCAAAUGUUUGCUCAGCUGGUUUGUUGCAGAUGGUUGAGCAAUUUAUGCCUGAUUCACUGAGGAAGAAUCUUCAGCCAUCUUGUAAGAGGAAGACGGGGAAAACCAUGGAGUGGAUCUCCCACAACUUCGCAUUUCGAUAUCGAUUUUCGAAAGAAUUAGCUCAGUGAUUGAAUUUAAUGCAAAAGGUGGGAUUUUGGAAUGACAGAUGAAUCAUAUCAUAACCGCAACUUUCUGAAAACCCUCUGGCACUUGAGGAUCAAAUGAGGCGAAGAAACAAGUUUUGAGGAUAUAUUUCAAACAUUUGAGCUCGUUCACUCGUUAUCCUGUUUGAUCACAAAGUUUCUCCAUUGAGAAGGUUGUGAUUUGGCUGUCAUUCCUAAUUGUGUUUGAAGUUCUUGCAUGCAUC